AUGUCUGGCAGAAGACGACGCAUCAAAUGCUACGUGGAGCAAGUCAAGGACUUCGAUGAGUACGGCGUGACUCUGAUGAAGCAGGAGCGAGGCGUGCCGCUGGCGCGAUGCCUGAUACCGGAAACUGACCUGGAAGACGGCCAACAGGUCGUGGUGGCUGGGAUAGGCAUGAUCGAGAGAUUCCAGCAAACGGUGCCGCUGGGGUUACGCGCUCAGAUUGACUCUAUCAGCGGCGGAGUAGUCAAGGUCGACAACAUCUACGACUGCACCGCCGGUGGACCGAUCCUAAACCCGACCUCCAACCGCUUUGUCGGCAUGAUCACGUCCAUCGAAAAGGACUCGUGGCUGAAGAGCGGCCGGGCCUCAUUCUGCCCACUGACGCUGAGCUCGCCGUUAUGGAUCAAGAUCGGCCAGGCCAUGCAGCGCUAUCUAGCCGAGCGUCUUAGACACCUGCCGGUCCAAACGCUGUGA